AUACUUUUGUGUAAACAAACCCGUUGCAAGUCGAAACUGCUGCUGCGCUGCUUGAAUUUCACAAGCAAGCCAAAGUUUUCCUGUCAAGAAGUUAUUUAUUGGCUUGAGGUUUGGAAAUCGCAGUUGCAAGAACUGCUCUUCGUGGGAAUCCAGUCUUGAUCAAAAAGUUGUUAAACAUAUCCUACUUUUGCACUAAAAGCACCGAAAAUGAAGAUGUGGACGAAAAGUUUCAGCGUAUUUGUCUUCAGCUGUUUUCUUUCACUCCCCUUGGUGUUGACCAAGAGAGUGCUCACAGAGACUGAAAGACAGAUGGCAAUUGACAGUGGUAUUGACUUGGACUCCAUUUCUGAUGAUACUGUGUUCAUCACCCCAGCUGAAUUAUCGGAUGAAGAGAGGGGAUCGAAGUUCAUGCCCACUGCGUAUCGAUGUGAUGGAUGCUCGGCCAUUGCAUAUCAGCUCCAGAAAAGAUUUAAGGCUGCUGAGAAAAAGAAGAAAGUUGGAGACCCUCUUGGUGAGGCUGAAGUUUUGGAAGUUUUUGAAGAGCUCUGUGAUGGAGAGUUUGAAAACUAUGGUGUGAAAAAUGUGCAAGGUAUCAAAGUUCUGUCUGGUGAAGGAUUGCCAGGAGACAGACAGUCAGGCAUGGUGGAAGCAGGAGGUGUUUGGAAGAGCAGGAUGCAGAACAUUUGCAAUGAAGUGAGUGGGGAAUACGAGGAAGAGAACAUCUAUAAGUGGUACCAGCUUCAAGGAGCCCCAUUUAGACAGCUUUUGUGUCGAAAUUAUUGUGACGAUGACGAUGGUCUCUCAAUGAAAAUGCCCAGCCAUACUGAUGAACUGUAGCUUUUAGAUCGCGUUUUGCUGCUUGUUUUGUUGCUAUUUAAAUGUCUUUUUAAAAAAGCGUCUGUAUUCAAAGAAUCAGUUAUUGUUUUUAAGUUUUUCACAGUAAGUUUCUGUUCAGUUCAUUUAUUGUUUGAUUUUACUUUUCGUAGUGAUUUUGCUUGGAUUCGAAAUAAUGUUUUUAUAUUUUUAGAUUGACGUAGACUGAAUUUCAGCUGCUUUCAAUGUCUGUUCAAAUGAUGAUUGUAAAAAUUAUCAUUUGUGUGGCAAUAUGUUGAAAUAUGGCGCUCUUCGUAAUAAUGAAAUUGAACAAGCAACA